CAUUGUUUUGAUUUUUAUAAAAUUUUUGUUUGUUUACUUUUGAGAAGUUGCUGACCACACACCAGACCAGUGACAUUGUGACACAAUGGACAGCUAUAGAAUCAAACUCAAGACCCUUUGGUUUAAUAAUCAAUUCGGUGUUUUAAUGCAAAGCACUACCAAGUAUGCUUUAAGGGUUAACCUACUAAUAGUGACAAAAGAAGGAGCAUGGGAGUGCUGACUACUGCUGAUCGAUCCAAAUCAGCUUAAUUAAUAUUAUAAGCACAAUAUCAUACUUUUUACCAUUUCUUUUGAGUUUUCUAUGCAUAUGAAAUUUUAUACUCGAGACUCUUCAUAACAUUCCAACAUUGCUUAUUUUGUUGUGCACAAAUAAAAUAGGGAGAUGACAACAACAGCUAUGCUAGAACUUUAGACUGGGCCUUAAAAAACCAAUGCUCUACUGGUUGAACGGUAGGACUAGCCUAUAGCUCAGUAGAUAGAGAUUUGACUUGUUGUCUUAACUGAAGCCUCUUGAGUUUGAGUUCUAAUGUGAUCAUCCCCCUUAUGCAUGUUAUGCAGCACCAUUUUAAACAAUUUUUCCCCUGUUGGGCAUAUGCACCUGAUUUACCAAAUGAAUCUCUAUAUACUUGAUCAUGAAAACCAGGAAUAAAUUUUAUUACUUUGGAAUUUUGCAUUGCUUUCAAAAAUCAUUCAUUAUCAAAUUUUAAAAAUUCAUUGAACUUAUUACCAAGACUAUUGUAAGCAUUAAUUAAGCAUGACAAUUGACAUACCUUAUUUCUAGAUACUUCAUGAAUGCAACCACACUGCAUUACUCAGUAAAUGAAAAAUCUUUAUUUGCCAGAUAGAAUGUAAAUUGAAUGGUACAUGUAAGUUGCAUUUAAGUGAUGGCACAAGAGUGUAGACUGGCAAUUAUCGCAGUAAAUUGGCAGUCUGGGAAGGGAUAAUUGUCAGUCUACGUAGGAGAAAAUAACCAAAUGCAACUCCGGGCAAUAUCACUUGGCAAUUUUCCAUUGGAUUUUUCCAUGGCAUUGGACUUUUUAGUUUUUCUAAGACUUUUCACCCAAUGUUGGGCUUUUUAUUUUUGGGUCAUGGGUGCAAGCCCCAUGUUGGGAGCCAUUGUAACAAAUUAAGGACCACAAAUAGUCUCCAAUUCAAGACUCUUUGGUUUAAAAUUAAAUGAUAAUUAAUGUUUCUUACUUAGAUCAAGGGAUAACCCACUAGCUUGUAGGAGCAUGGCAAAACUUGGCUUAUUUUAUCCUGGGAAUUUCCCAGUUGGAAAUGUAAUCUCUAGAGAUUUGGCUUGGUUUAUAAUGUCCGAAUACCACCCCAUUGGACACUGUGAAAUAGUCCUCGAUUGGAUACUGUGAAAUAGUCCUCACUUUAAUGGGAUGGUUAUUGGAGGAUGAUGUUAAUUUUAAUUUAAUUUUGAUCUCAGAGAUAGGAAAUGUCUGACCUUGAGCAAACUCAAGCAAUUUAUUUGGAAGAUUUCGGCGACGAAACUGAUGAAGAAAAUGAAGAUGGAAAGAAGAAAAUUGUUUCCUUUUUGAAAGUAUUAAAGCAGGACGGUUUUCCAGAGAAACUUUUUCCCUUGUAUGAAGGUGAAAAUAUUGUUGGUCGUAAGGAGGAUGUUUGUCAUGUUGCAAUUCCUUUAAAGGCUUUAUCCAGAGAACAUGCUUGUAUAGAGGUGCGAGGAGAGAAUCAUCUGAUAUAUGAUAAAGGAAGCAGAAACAAAACAAAAAGGGGAAAGAUGUAUUUGAUCCCAGAAGUUCGAUAUGAAUUGAAAAAUAAAGACCCAUUGCUGUUUGGAGAUGUAAAGUGUGUUUACAUUAUUGGAGAACCAGAGGACCUGGAUGUGGAUGACUCGGAGACUGGAUCAGAGUCCGGAUUCCAGACAGCUCCAACUGAUCCAUCUGAUCCAGGAGAGAAAAGAGACAAGACCUCUCACGUGACCACUCUAGUGUAUGACUCUGAAGAAGAAGAUGAGGAGGCUUAUGAUAGUGACAAUAGCGUGGAUCUGCUUCAGCCAACUCAGGCAUAUGUGCAAAAACAGGAUGGUAACAAGAAAAGCAGGAUCAACUUUGAUAUGGAAACAGAUGAAGAUGAAUCUGACAGGAAGAGUCCUGACAUAACUGUAAAAGAAACUCCAGCACCUAGAAAGACCAGAGGACUUGCCAGUACAGCAGUUGUUCUACCUGAAUCGGGCUCAGAGACUGAGGAAGAAGAUGGGGAAAAAGAGUCAGCAGGCUACAAGGGCAUGCUUCAGGCUCCCACCCAGGCCUUUUUAGCAGAGACUGAGGGAGAAACUACUGAAGAAGAUUCCCCCAGAAAGAAAAUACUAUGUGCAGAAACCCAGUCAUUCUUAGAAGAUAAAAGUAAAAAGACCAGCAGUCCACAAGGGGUUAUUGUUGAGAGUGAGAAUGAAGAAGACAAGGAUGAGGAUGUUCCUGUAGUGGAGAUCGAUGAAGAUGAAGAGAACGAGGAGGACCGAAGUCACUUGUUUGCCAAUCCCACACUCGCCUGUGACUUGCCUGAUGAGGUAGAGGAAAGUGAAGAUGAUCAGGAGGCAGAGAAGAGCAGUAAUGCAACAGAGGAGGACCAAGAAGCUGAAACACAGGUCUUUACUGACCAAACUGUUGCUGUAAGUGAUGAAACGUUGGAUGUCAAUGUGAUGAAAAGUAAAGAUAGAGCUACAGCAAAGAAUGAUAAGAAGACAAAUACCAAAGAUGCUGCAACAAUAGAGAUUGAUGUCAAUGAGGGUAAUAAUGAUGAAACACAAGAGUUUUCUGAUGUAGCUGGUGGUGAUACUCUUGUGGUGGAUAAGGAGGAAUGUGAAUCAACCCAGGUUUUCGACAACAAAACCACAGAGGCAGAAACAGUGGCUAUGGAAUGUGAGGCCACACAGGGCUUCAGUGAUAAAGCUGCUGAAGCAGAGACAGUAGCUGUUGAAUGUGAGGCAACACAGGCCUUCAAUGAAGCAGAGACUGUUGCUAUUGAAUGUGAAUCCACACAGGUAUUUGAUAAUGAAGCUGCGAAAGCAGAGACAGUAUCUGUCGAAUGUGAAGCCACACAGGUCUUUGAUGAAAAAAUUUCAGAAGCAGAGACAGUUGUGGUUGAAUGCGAGGCUACACAGGUGUUUGAUGAAAAAAUUUCAGAAGCAGAGACGGUUGCCAUGGAAUGUGAGGCCACACAGGUGUUUGAUGAGAAAGCUGCAGAAGCAGAGACAGUUGCCGUGGAAUGUGAGGCCACACAAGUUUUUGACAAAAUCUCAGUGAUUGCAGCAAAUGUUCCUGUUGAAUAUGAAGAGGAUCAGGUAUUGGAUAAUGAACAACCUAUAAAUCCAAAAGAAGACAGUGAUGUUACGGCAGAAACAAUACCAUCAGAGUGUGAACCUACUGUGGUGUGCACAGAAAUAAAUAUACCUGUGGACGAUGAACCAGAACAAGACAAAGUUGUUCCAAAAAGAGGAAGGAGAGGGAAAUCGUCAACAAAAUCUGAACCCAAACCUAAAAUAACGGAGGGCACUGAGGAAACUCUGGUGUGCACAGAUAUAAAUAUACCUGUGGACGAUGAACCUGAACAAGAUAAAGUUGUUUCAAAAAGAGGAAGGAGAGGGAAAUCGUCAACAAAAUCUGAACCCAAAUCUAAAAUAACUGAGGGCACUGAGGAAACUCUGGUGUGCACAGAUAUAAAUGUACCAGUGGACGAUGAACCAGAACAAGAUAAAGUUGUUCCAAAAAGAGGAAGGAGAGGGAAAUCAUCAACAAAAUCUGAAUCUAAACCUAAAAUAACUGAGGGCACUGAGGAAACUCUGGUGUGCACAGAUAUAAAUGUACCAGUGGAAGAUGAACCAGAACAAGUUGUUCCAAAAAGAGGAAGGAGAGGGAAAUCGUCAACAAAAUCUAAACCACAAACUGAAAUAACAGAGGACACUGAGGAAAUUCAGCCCAAAGGUAGGAUAUCCAAAAGAAAGUCAGUAGCAAAUGAGGAAAAACCUGUCCAGAAUAGUCAAGAAACAAAAAAAGGACAAGCCGGGAAAGGGAGGGGUGGCAAACAUACAGAUGUUGUCACAGAAGAUGCAGAUGGAGGAGAUGGAGACAUUUCAAAGAAAAGUAAAGCAUCACUGGCAGAAGAGACCAAAACAAAGAUGGACCAAUUCGAUGGCAGGAUUGAUGAUUCUACAUCUGACAAAGUUAUUGAAGGUAAAGAAUCAGGUGGACAAUCUACCACAGUAUGUGAUGAAGACUUGGAGCCUACACAGGCCUAUUGUAUGGACACUGAUGAUGUUAUAGAUCAGGAAGGGAGCACCACCCCACCUAUCUCUGAGCUUCUUGGAGUGGAGGUGAAAGAUGGAACACCUGUGGAACCAGUGAAGUUUGUGGACAGUGAGCCAGAUAUACUGCCUGUGCUGAUACCUCCAGCAUCACCACAUAAGUCGGCUCUAGCCAGUCCUGGAAGGAGGUCACCAUCCCCCAAAAAAGUCCACUUCCAAACAAGGGAAUCUGAAGUUGUGUUAAAUGAGGUGACAGGAUCAAAACUGAAAUUUGAGGAUAAGGAGGAGGAAGAGGUAUCAACUGGAAGGUCGGGUGGAAGAAGUCGUAGAUCAUUACCAAAUCUCUCACAACCAGAAGUCUCUGCACGCGGAAAACGAGGAAGGUUAUCAGUUGACCCAAAAGUUGAGGCUAAGGCAAUGACUGUACCAUCCACUGCAAAGGGAAAAAGAGGAGCAAUGUCACAAAAGGCUAACAGUGAGGAAUCCAGUUCCACUAAGAAAAGGGGCAGAGGUAAAAAUGUUAUAGCUAUAUCAGAGGAGGACACACCACCCCUGGAGGAAGAGAACAAUGAAAAUACAGAUGAUCAGAAAUCCAAAGAAAAAUGUGUCAUUGAAGAGGAAACUUCCUCAGAAGUUAGUGUUGCAGAGCAAGAGGUAGUGAAAAAAGCUGUAGGGGCAAAGGGUAGAAAAGGAAAACGUGGAAGUAAAGCACAUGCUGAUACAGAUAAAGAACAGAAUGUGGCAGACACAGAACAACAAGAAGACAGCUCCAGUCAAGAACAUGGAACAAGGAAGAGCAAGGAUAUGGAUAAAAUGGAAGAACCAUCCAACUCGGAAGCAAAGGUAGUAAAAACAAGAAGAGGAAAGAGAAAGAUCAGUGAGACAUCUAGUAGAGAUGAAAAUGAACAUUCUGAAAUAAAGAAUUCUAAAAAUGAAGAUCAGAAAUCUAGCAAAAAGAGUGUAGUUGAAGAGGCAACCCAGCCUUAUAUGGAAGACAAUGAAGCAGAUGAGACUGUUACAGAAACAGAAACUUCUAAAAAGACCAGAGGUCGAAAAAGCCUGGCUAAAUCAGAGAAUGUGCAUACAGGGAGAAGAGGAGCAAAGAAAAGUGAUAAAGAGAAAACAGAAGAUGAUAGUGAACAAACAAAUAAUGAAAAUUCAGAAAAAGAAGGUGAAAUGGAAGCUAGUAAAAAUACAGGUUCAAAAAGAACAAGGAAAAAAGACCUUUUAAAUGAUAUUAGUGAAGAAACUCCCAGCAAUUCCCAGCAGGCUUUUGGUAGCUCAUCUCAAAAUGUGAAGGCUAGAAGAGGAUCACCAAAGAAAGAAAAAGAGCAUGCAAGUGAAGAAGUGACUAGUGAUACAAAAUCAGAACGUAAAGGAAGAGGCAAAAGAAAAGAGAAUUCGAAGGACAAUGCUCAGGAAAGCGAGGCUUGUAAUGUCACAGAAUCUGGUAAAAGCAAAACAAGCAAUAAAAGGACAUCGGCAAUUAGGCAGGACAAUGAGGAAAACUCAGGAGAAAGUCAAGACAGUGUUCUAUCUACAGAAUCUGCAGUCACAAGGAGGGGAAGGGGAAGAUCGGCUCAAAAACAGACCACUCUCAGUCAGGAUUCAGAAGGAAGCAGUGGUCCAACCCGAAAGUCAAGAGGGAGGGAAAGUUCUGCAGCAAAGAAAGUUGAGGUGGAGUCUGAGAGCCAGGAAAUUGAGGACACUAAAGACAAAAAGACUGCAGCAGUGAAAUCAUCAUCCAAAACCAGAAAAAAUAAUGCAAAAGACACUUCAUCCAUUGCAUCAGACACAGAAUUGAGCAGUGAUUCUCAGGAAAGUAUCCAGCUUAAGGCAGCCCCUAAAAGAGGACGAGGCAGGCACAAAACUGAUGAGGCAAAAGAAGAAGCCCCUGUAAAGAAAACCAAAAUGGAGCCUCCUUCUACACCACAGCAUGUGAAGAAAUCAGCCAAGUCAUCAGACUCCCCAUCAGCAUCCCUCCGCAGGAAGUCUGUAGAUCCAAGCAAACCAAAAGUCAUGUUUACUGGGGUAACUGAUGAACAUGGACAAAAGGUAGUUAAAGAUUUAGGAGGACACUUAGUAGAUUCCGUCCAUGAAUGUUCACAUCUGGUGACAGAUAAGGUCAGAAGAACAGUGAAAUUUUUGUGCUGCUUGGCCAGAGGAAUUCCUAUUGUAAAUCCUCAAUGGUUAGACAGCUGCAAGUCAUCAGGAAUGUUUGUAGACCACACCCCUUUCUUGAUCAAGGAUGAGCCAGCAGAGAGACAGUACAAGUUUGCCCUCCAUUCCUCCCUGGAAAAAGCCAGUGACUCCAGUGUGUUGGCAGGGUACAAGAUCCAUGUCACCAAAUCCGUAAAACCAGAUCCAGCCAACAUGAAAGACAUUAUUACCUGUGCAGGAGGAGAGUAUUUGACCACCAUGCCAAAGAAAGCUGAUGACAAAAUGCUGGUGAUAUCCUGUCCUGAUGAUAAAGGGAUAUGUGACUCGGCCUUGAAGGCGGGUGUCACUGUUGUGAAUGCAGAGUUCAUCCUUACUGGAAUACUGCGACAAGAAAAUGCAGCAGAAAAUUAUAUUCUAUUUCAAGACAAAAAACGGUCAAGAGAUUCCAGCGUUGGAGGCCAACCAAGUAAAAAACGGCGUUAAACAAAGCAACCGUCAACAGUAAUGAUACACGUGUAAAGAAAGUAAUGGAGAUUAAAUUUGAAACCUGUGAUAGCUGCAACUAUUUAGAAACAGAUGAAAUUUUAAAUUAGUUUCAAGUUUUUAAUAAUGCUUUGUUGACUAGAACUUUAUUUUUUUUUUUAUCUGCAAUAUGUUUUGUUUUAUCAACAAUUCAACUUGAUCAAGACAUUUUUUUAGAUGCACAGCUAUAACUUAGUCUUUAUUUUCCUUCAUUGAUUAAUCUAUGUAUGAACAUGCAUUUGUUAAAUGUUUAUAAAGUUAUAGUUUAAGAAGUUAACUGUUUUAUCUCUUCAUUGUCAAUUUGAAUGAUGAAAGAUGAAAGGUAUACGUACCUAUGAAAUUCAAAUCCAAAGAUUUCUUCAGCUUUCCUAUUGGGAAUACAGUGUGAAAUAAGUACGCCAAAAGUUGAUUAAAUUUUAGUUUAUGGAAGCAUACAUAUUAAAAUGAUCGUGAAGACUGAUAUGUCCCCCUCCCAACAUUGAUUUAUAUAAGAAUAUUCACAAGCUAAGAUGCUUAUUCGUGAAUAAUGUCUAACGUCAAUAUAAAACAUGUACGAUAAAAAUUAUUCAAGGUGUACAUGUAAAUAGUUUAAAGAAAAAAUAAUAAACUGUGAGCAACAGUGUAUAUGAUAAAUUAUAAUUUAUGUAUUUGGAACUUUAGAUUAGACCAAAUUAUUAUAAGCAUCAAACUGUCUAUUUUGUGAAAAAUUAUACGAUUGACGAUAUUGCACAUCGCACCGUCCAAUAUCGACAUAUUAAAGCUAGUUUGAAGCACAGAACUAUUGCUGACUUUUUGAUUUAGACUAGUGGUGAAUGAGCGAGUGUUUAAAUAAUGGUUUAUAAUACCGGUAACAUUCAUUAUACAUACACAUUCAUACAUAUAAAUUUUGAUAAAUACAAAAAGUGACAUAAUUUUCGUUCAGUUGAGAAAAUUUAAAGGUUGACUUGAAGGAAACAAAUAUUUUAUAUCUCGAUUUGAACACAAUUUGUUUGACAUAUCUUCAUACAAAAUAAAAAAAAUGAACAAAAAUACAAUAUACUCAUACAAAAUAACAAAAUGAACAAAAAUACAAUAUACGUACUUUGUCAAUAGUACAUGUAUGUUCAAUCUCUCUUUCUCACUGCAAACAUG